CAGCUCUCCCGGUGGGGCUGAGUGUGUGUGUUGCCAGGGUAAACCCAGGUCUGGUGGGGCCGGCACGUGUGGGGCUGGGACAGAUCCAGCUCUCCUGGUGGGACAGGUGUGUGUGGGUUCAGCACAGACCCGGCUCCCGGUGGGGUUGGCACGUGUGGGUUCAGGACAGACCUGUCCUGACUCGCAGCCUUGGGCACCCGGCAACUCCUGAGCCUGUAACCGAGAGAUUUAUGACUCCUCUGACCUUGCAAAUUGCUGAGUCAGAUGGGGAAGGUUUUUUGCUGCGUUCCCCGGCUUUAAAAAACCCUGUAGGUUCCCAAAGCUUGGAAGCCCUCCUGCUGUGGCCCCAGCCCUGUCCCAGCAUGAAGAUCAUCCCCGGGCUGUGGCAGGAGGGAGCAGCUGGUGCUGAACGUGCUGGAGGUCAAUUCUCUGCGUCCUCCUCCCUGGGAAGGGUGCAGUAUCCCCUGCUUCCUGAAGGCAGCACAUCAGCUCCGGGGGCUGCAGCCUUGCCAAACCUCAGGGGAAUCAGGCAGAAGGUUUGGGAUGCCCAAACCCUUUUUGGGGAGCUUGUUGGAAGCUCAUGAGGGGGAUCCCCCCUCCCCUGGUGCCUGCCCAUGGGUGCACUGCUCUGCUGCACAGGCUCUGCUGCCUUCCCAGCUGGGGCUGAUCUUUGGACUUUGUUCCUUCCUGUCCUUAAUUUUCCAAGUGCAGGGAGGGGAGAGUCCUCCCUUUCCAAGGACAUGGAAGGCUGGCCUGGACUGUCCCCACCUCUCCAGCCAGACUGGGCCCAUUGCCAGCGUGAGGCCAAGGGGGUGUUAUCGGGGCUGGGCCAGCCCCAGGAGCCAGUCCCUGUCCCCCCCUUGGGCCACCACGAUUAUGGGGGGCCCUCGCCAGCCCUGUGCUGCACCGAUAGCACGGUGGAGGGGGACGGUGCCAUGGCUGAGAAGACGACACCGAGCCCCGGCGUGGGCAUCACGCCGCUGCAGCAGAUGCUGGCCUCGGGGACAGGCGCCAUCCUCACCUCCCUCUUCGUGACACCGCUGGACGUGGUGAAGAUCCGGCUGCAGGCCCAGAGGACCCCGUUCUCCAAAGUGUUGCCAGCGCAGGCAGUGCCCUGGGGCGCUCAGCCAGCCACAUGGAAGUGUUUCCUCUACUGCAAUGGGCUCAUGGACCACCUGUACGUCUGCCAGAACGGCAACGGCUGCACCGCCUGGUACAAGGCCCCCACCCACUUCACUGGCACACUGGAUGCCUUCGUGAAGAUCACACGCUACGAGGGCAUCAGGUCCCUGUGGAGUGGCUUGCCCCCCACCCUGGUUAUGGCCGUGCCAGCCACCGUCAUUUACUUCACCACCUACGACCAGCUCCGGGACUACCUUCACGCCCGGACGGGAAGUCGGGGCCCCCACAUCCCCUUGCUGGCCGGGGCCCUCGCCAGGCUGGGUGCCGUGACGGUCAUCAGCCCCUUGGAGCUGAUCCGCACCAAGAUGCAGUCCCGGCAGCUCAGCUACCGUGAGCUGCGCGUCUGCAUCCAGUCAGCAGUGGCCCAGGAUGGCUGGCUGUCCCUCUGGAGAGGCUGGGGACCCACCGUGCUGCGGGACGUCCCCUUCUCAGCUCUGUACUGGUUUAACUACGAGCUGGUGAGGUCGUGGCUCUGCAGGCAGGCCUGGCUGGAAGAGGCCACGUUCACGGUCAGCUUUACAUCUGGGGCCAUCUCUGGCACGGUGGCCGCGGUGCUGACGCUGCCCUUCGACGUGGUCAAAACCCAGCGGCAGAUCGAGCUGGGAGACAGCGAGGUGCACCCAGUCUCAGCCUCCAAGCCUUCCUCCACCUGGCUGCUCAUGCAGCGGAUCCGCGCCGAGUCUGGCACCCGGGGGCUGUUUGCAGGCUUCCUGCCCCGUGUCAUCAAGGUGGCACCUGCCUGUGCCAUCAUGAUCAGCACCUACGAAUUCGGCAAGACCUUCUUCCAGAAGCUGAACCAGGAGCGGCGGCUGCGGGGGUUGUGAGCAGGGCUGGGGCAGGGCUGUGUGUGGCCGUGCCCAGGGGACAGUGCCAGCCCUACUCCGGCCGGGAGUCCCGGGAGCGGCGAUCCACACUCAGCUGUGCAGAGCCCAAGUGCCUUCAUCCCGCACUCUGCCUCCCCACACACGGAGCCAGGGCCCCACUCCUUGUCCCAGCCACUCUGGGGGACACCUGUGCCUGCUGCUGUGACACUGGGGGGGGACAUGGAGCCCCCCACACUCAUCCCUUGGGGCUGGACAGAUGCUCCUGCUGCUGGAUUCAUGGACACUCUGGCAAGGAUGGGGUGUCCCAGGUGACUUGGCCUGGCAGGAGAUGGAGCUGGGGCUCAGGCGAGGACCAAACCCCAAACCUCAGAGCCUUCUCUGCCUGCCCGGGCCCCCCAGCCCUGCUCUGCCCAGGGGUCCAUCACUCACGCACAGCCUCCCCUUGCCGGCUCUGCAUGGGGACACGACAGGACCCUCUCCCUGCCUCUGGACCUUUCCUCUCACUGGGGAUGUCCCUGUCCCCUGCCAGACCCUGGGUCGGACAGACCCUGCGUGGGGACAGACCUCGCUGCUGCUCCAGGGGGCCGGGGGGCACUGUGGCACCCCCUGCCCUGUCCCUUCACUGCAGGGGCCUGCCCCAGCUCUGCGGGCACUGCCCCCACCUUCCCCUGGGACUCACGGGGGGAAUUCCUCUUAUUUUCUUAAAUAAAAGAAAAAUUUGUCUCAUA